AUGCGGUCGCCGCUCGGUCUGCUCGCAGCGCUCUGGCUGGCCUGCGCCGCCGCCGAGGAGGCGGCGCCGCCGGAGGCCGUGGACGAGCCCGAGGCCGCCCCGGGUGACGCCGAGGACCCCCCCGUCGUCGAGGCGCCCACGGCCGUCGAGAGCGUCGAGGAGGAGGACGAGGAGGACUUCGACGACAUCGACUGGGGCGAGGACAGCCCCACGGGCGACCCGACGCAGGUGCUCCAGGCCAAGGAGCUGCUCAAGGAGGCCAAGGACGCGCACGACGCGAAAGAAGAGGAGCUCUGGAAGGAGCCCGCGGAGCUCGUGCGGCGCGCGAACAACGCGUUCAUGUGGGGCGCCGUCAACGCGUCCCUCGAGAUGUACGGCCGCGCCGUCGCGCUGGCGACGAACGCGACGGACGCGCAGGGCCGCGAGAUCCGGCGCCAGUACGCGACGCAGCUCGCCGUCGUCAUGUACUACAAGGGCAUGACCGGCGACGGCGCGGGCCUGCUCAAGUCUCUGGUGAGCGACAUGGACUUCGAGAACGUGACGGCCAUCGAGGAGGAGGCGGAGCGCGUCAUCUGGCUCGGCGUGAGCCGGGGCGGGAAAAGGGUGAUUCAACGCGCGAGCCACAUGAAGAACAACAACGGCGAGCUCGUCGCCGAGGAGGAGUUCGAGCUCCUCAAGUCGCUGGCCAUCGUGCACCUCGACAUCUUCCCGGACUGGGCCGAGGGCAAGCGCUGCCUCCGCGCGGCCUUCAAGCUCUUCAUGACGAACAACGAGCAGGCGCUCGGCUGUGCCGAAAUCAACCACUGGCUGGGUUAUUCCAGCCAAACUUCAAACCUCUCUAGCUCGGCGCUCGGCGACCUGAACCGGUGCAUCGACAGCGACGACGAGGACGAGCAGAUGCUCGCCAACUUCUACCUCGCGCUCUACGCCGACGCGCGGGGCAAGGCGACGCUGUCGAAGCGCUACGGCAAGGCCGCCUUCCGUCUAUUGCCGGACAAGGGCGCCGCGUUCCUCGACCUCACGAUCAUGGCCCACGCGGUGCUCCGCGAGGUCAACAAGAAGACGGACUGCCCCUGCGUCGACGACCACUUCUACGCCGACUUCAAGGGCGCCACGUGCAAGCAGCACAAGGGCUACAACUGCGACACCUACGCCAAGUGGCCCAGCGACUACACGAAGGCCGACGAGAACGACGUCAUCGACCACUGCCCCAAGGCCUGCGGGCUCUGCGCGGCGGAGCCGCCCUGCGAGUUCCUCGAGGCGUCGAAGCAGGACAAGGAGCUCCGAAAAAAACGCAAGGCCGAGAAGAAGGCGAAGAAGGCGAAGAAGAAGAAGGGCGGCGACGACCUCUGA